AUGACGACAGCUCCGCCGCAACCGGGACCGGCCGCCGCGGCGGCGGCGGUUCACCUCGCCGACUACCUCGAGUCCGCGACUUUCGCGCCACCCCCUCCCCCUCCGCCGCCGCCCUCCCCCACCACAAUCCUCACCGCGUGGUCGCGCCUCCGCGACCCUUCCACCUCCCCCGCCGACGCCCUCGCCGCGCUAGAGACGCUCCACCACCACCGUCGCGCGCUCCUCCUCUCCUCCGCGCACGCCUCGCUCCUGCUCCCGCUCCUGCCGCUACACCCCCGCCUCGUCGCCCCGCUGCUCGCCGCAGCCCCGCACCUUGUCCCCGCCUCCGUGACGGCCUCCCUCCCCUUCGCCCUUCGCCUCCUCCUCCUCGGCGCCCGCGCCUCCGUCAAGGGUCUCCCGAGCCAUGCCAGCUUCGGGAAACCCGCUUCCACCGCGAAGAGUCCCGGCAGUGGUGAGUCUACCAAUGGCCAUGACGAUGACCCUGUUGUGGCUGUGAGCCGCGUCCUUGAAGAUGUGGAGCGGGGCGAACAGAGCAUCGAUGAUCUCGACCACCUCGCGCUUACAGGGGUUGGUUACGCGCUGGCGUCUGCUGAUGAGGUGCAGUUCAGAAGGAUUCUUGUGUCCUUGCUUAGGAUUUGCGGGAGGACUGGGAAUCUGGCUACUGGUGUUCGGGUGCUUAAGCUGAUGGAGUGGCUGGUAAUGGGGUUCGUCGAGUCGAGGAAGAUGCGGAAGGUUCAGGUGCUCUUUGAGCUGAUUUCACCGGAGAAGUGUGAGGGCGAGGAUUAUGUGCUGUUUCCAGUGGUGAUGGCGGCCUGUGGCGGAUUGCGGGCAUUGAGGGUUGCUUCCGCGAGAUACCGGCUGGACUUUGAUCCACGGCUGAAGCAGGUGCCUGAGCGGACAAUUCAGUUUGCAGCUGAGCGGGCUGUUUUAGAAGGGAGGCCUGCCGAUGAUCAGCGUAUCCUUGUUCAGUGUGUCGCAUUGGGACUGACACGGUGUGGGCAGGUUGUGUUUCAUGAGUCUGUGCUACAGUGUGUCUGUAUGGGAUUGCUGAAGGAGCUCCUCCCAUUGCCUGAUCUGCUCAGGAUGUCAGUUGAAAAUGCAGAAGGGAACUCAGCCGAGUUUGUCAAGGCUCAGGUCAACCAACACCUUGGUAGUGUUCUUUUCAAAGAGGCAGGUCCGGUGACUGGGGUUCUUUGCAACCAGUAUUCAUAUGCAAAUGACAAGGCUAAAAGUUUUGUCGAAACUUGUGUGUGGGAGUAUGCACAGGAGAUUUAUUGUCAUCUUCGUGCAGCAGUGUUGCUGCACUGGGGGAAGCAGGAUGAUUUGAUUACGGCGAUUGACAAGAUUGCUGAGGCCUCAUUUCUUAUGGUUGUAGUCUUUGCAGCCAAGGUCACUGAACACAGGCUAAAUGCUAAGUCCUCCAAGGGGUUCCAACCCGAGGUUGCUGCUAGAAUCUUGGUGGCGUUCUCUUGUGUGGAACAUCUUAGGCGAUUGCAUCUUCCUGAGUACACUGAGGCAGUCCGGAGUGCUGUGCUUGCCAUUCAAGAGAACACAGCAGCUACUGCUUUGUUCAUCGAGUCAAUGCCUUCAUAUACUGAAUUGACAAGUAAACCAGAUUUACCAGCCUUGGCUGGAACAACAUAUAUCUGGCAUAGAGAUGAGGUUCAGACAUCACGCAUACUGUUUUACUUGCGGGUUGUGCCAACUUGUGUUGGCCUCAUUCCAGUUCAUAUGAUUCAGGAUAAAGUGGCUUCAAUUAUGUUCUUAUAUCUACAGCAUUCAAAUGAGAAAGUUACAAGUGCUUCACACUCUGUGAUGGUAUCAUUCUCGUCAUCUGGCAGUGAUACUGAUCAGGAUGAUCGAGCAGCUUUGAAAGAGCAACUUACCUUUUACUACAUCAAGAGAUCUUUGGAGGCUUAUCCUGGGGUAACCCCAUUUGAUGGAUUAGCAUCAGGAGUCGCAGCACUUGUACAACAUCUUCCUGCAGGCAGCGCUGCCAUUCUUUUUUGUAUCCAUAGCCUUGUUGUCAAGGCUAAAGAUCUCUGCGAGGUUGCAAAGGUUCAGAACAAAUCCUUGUGGAGAUCAUGGGAAGAGAGCACAGAUCCGUGUAAGAAAAUGUUGGAUCUGCUGCUGAGACUAAUCUUCCUUGUGGAUAUUCAGUCAUUCCCUUACCUGCUGAAGGAGCUGGCAGAAUUUGUAACCCUGCUACCAAAGGAAGGCCAGGAUGCGCUGCUCGAUGACAUGCACGCCCAUGUUGCGGAGUCUGAUGAUGUCACUCGGAAGCCUGUACUCGUCUCAUGGCUGCAGUCUCUCUCCUACUUAAGCUCGCAGUCGAGAAGUGAAUCUCACAGCAAGGCCAAGAGUGCUGCUGCAUCCGUAGCAAGCGAUGAGCUGGCCCUGAACAGAGCCAUGGCACGCUUGUGA